CAGAUCGAGGGAGGCCGAGAGGGCGACGAGAUGACUGCCGUAUGGAGUCCUUUGCAGGACUUCCACGGCAAGUAUUCCACACCUGGUCAUUGGGGGGAACCCGUCGAAGAUGCAGAGAUCGAGCAGCCUGACUUUGAUCCCGUGAAGUGGGGGAGAUUUCAGGGGGUUGAGCAUCGGAUACUACGAGAUGUCGCCAUGCUCUGCUUGGGUGCGUGGACCACUGCCUCUCCCUGUGAGAGGAAUUGGUCCACACAUGACUUCAUGCACACAAAGAGGCUUCUCCAGAGAAGUCACGAGCGCGGCGGGUUCAUAGGAGCAGGCCUCCCAGGGGUCGGAUUGACCGAUGUGGAGAGGAGGUCUGAGGACUACUCCCGUUUUGAGCCAGACGUGAUGGCCCCAGGGACAUACGACCCGACGGAGAUCGAGCUGGAGGCCAAUCGCCUCAGGAGGCAGUCGAGGGGCAGACGCUUGGCAUGGGCUGCAGUAGUGUUGGCCCAUAAGAUUCGCCAGCAGGGCGAUGACACGACCCACGGGGAGGAUGUGAUUGAUGACGAUGUGUCGUGGUUGUCGGGGCCUUAUCGAGAGGAUGGGUUUUCGGAUGCUGAGGCCCCUGCGACUGUGAGCCCUGCAGAUGAUGGCAUCGGGGGGAAUGGUAUGGGGGGGCAGGUUGAUGCAGCGACUGCCGCAACCCAGGAGUCCCAUCAGCCGAGGGAGCCCGCUACUCGAUCUCCCGCUCUGGCGGCCCUUGAGGGCACGCUUCAGCCGUCUUUCAUGGCAGGUACUGUCGAGGGCAUGUCGUCAGCGUGCCCCUCCGCGGCUGCUGCCACCUUUUCAAGCCCCCACCGUGCAGUAGAGUACGACUCCGAGGGGAGGCUCAGACGACGAGUGAGUUUCACAGGCCCGCUAGACUUGUGGACAGCAUCGGCUGUCUGCCACGACGCCGAGAAGGAUUUGGCAACGUACUUGCCGAGACCGUUGUCGGAUUUGCCGCGAGUUGACCCUGAUGCGGAGACUGCCGGCGUGGACUGUGGAGAGCCCAUUGGUGGGGAUGCUGCUGUUGGGGAGGCUGCUGCUAGAGAGGGAGGUGCAGAAAGAAAGGGUAUCAUGCACGAUCUAGCGGCCGCCGGUUACUCAGCAGAGGAGAUCGAGCAGGCAUUGGCAGGAUACCCCGGGAGACAGAGACAAGGCACGCCUCAGCAGGGGAUGCGCACACGCCACGGGGCGGAUGGUGGCACCGCACUCUUCCCCCCGCGGAUUUCGGCGCAUGGGCGACGAUGCCAUUGCCGCCCAGAGACCCCUCAGUCAUCAUCCAGCCGAUUCGACCAUUCGUUGGUCGCAAGCGGAAGCCAGAGAGUGUCGCGGGACAAGAGCCCAGGUAAGCUGCAGGUUGUGGCAGAGGCCAAGGCCGACCAUCGGGAGAGGGGAGGGGCGCGGGCGAGAGGGAUAUGUCAGGACAGGUACGCGAGAGUGGGGCGCAGGAGAGGAGAGGGACGUCCCAAAGGCCGACCACCCGGAUUGGGGAGAGGAGUGGGACGUGCCAUGACACGAGGGGGCGGUGCACCACAGAGGAGAGCCCCUGCAGAUGGAAGUCUUAGAGGCGUUCAUGCGGACGCAGCACCGGUCACAUCAUCAAGCACCGAGGACAAGGAGAGCAUAGCGCUGCGCAUCACCAGGAGGCACAGGGGAGAGGCGACGACGAGGGCAGCACGAGCAUCCGCAGCCUCAUCAGGCUCGAGCACGUCAGCAUCAUCGAGGGACCCUGAUUUCGAGGGGGGUGUCGAGGAGGACAAGGAGGAGGCAGAGGUCGAUGCAGACAUUGCGGCGGGAGAGGGUGAUAUGUCAGGAUAGUUUUGUACAUAGAUCGUUCUGUGUGCGGGUGUGUGCAGUGUGUGCAGUGUGCGUGUGUGUGUUUGUGUUUGUGUUUGUGUGUGCUUCUGAGAGAGAGAGACGGACGCUGCAUGCAAGGCAGCCAUAGCCGAG